CAAAUACAAACAACCAAUCGCUGUCAAAUAUGCAAUUGUAGGCAACAGGGCUCCAGGAUGCGAGUCUUUUUUUUUUCUUAAGUCGAGGGAGCGAGUCUGCCAAUGUGUGUGAGAGGGGCAAGAGUCCGGGAGUGAUUAGUCAACUGCGGGCGUCACGUCAAAGUUCUCUGUCUACACCACCUCCUCUGCUGCGUGUGCGGGUCUCGUCUCCUGACUCGCCUUCCGUGUUCUCUUAACCCGUGGUAGGCCUCCUGGCCCUGGCCCUGCUCCUGGUCCUAGUCCUGGAGCUGGUGCGGUUUAACCAGAACGGCGUGCUCUUUUAAGCCUUUCACCGCGGCUCCGUCCAGACCAGACGUGUCGGUGUCACCCCUCUCCUCUCCUCCAGUCCAAGCAUCGCACCUCGCCGGCCACGAUCACACCGACAUCAGUAAAUCAUUGUGGAGCCAUGCUGAGAUCCUUCACAUUCAAGUUUGACUGGAGCAGACAAAUGUCAUCAAGCUCUGCAGGACAACGGCACCUGGAGUUGAAGGAAGUGGCCCAGGCUGUGAUUGGGCCACUAAAGAGUGGGCUCCAUUCCUUCAACAAUGUCUUAGAGAUGCUCCUCUGUGUCAGUGCAGACAUUGUCCUUCCUGAUAGCCAGACUUUUCAUGACAUUAGACAAGAGAUUGAGAACAUGAAGCAGCGGAUGGAAGAGUCGGAGCAGGUAGCCAGAAGAGAGCUUCAGCAGCUUGAUGGGGAGACUGAACAUCUCACUGCAGAGCAGAGUCGUUUAGCAAACCAGAAAAGCCAGAGAGAGCUUAACAUAGUAGGCCUAAAAAUACAGCUGGAGUCACACAGAUCCUGUCUGGAGAGUUACAAAGAAGCUCUGGAGAUAGAGAGGGUUAACCUGAAGUCAGCAGAAAACACCCGAGAUAGAAUGAGAGAUAGGAGAGAUGGGGGCGAGAACGUAAGAAAUGCAGGGAUUGGUAUCACGUUUAUCCCAAUUGUGGGUUGGAUUGCUGGACCAAUUAUGAUUGCGGCUGGUGAAAGCGAGAGGAGCAUUGCCUCUGAUGCUGUGGACAGCGCUAAUAGGGAGAUAGAGAACUGUGAAUCUCAGGUGAGCUCAUACUCCCAAAAAGUGUCUGAGUACAAUUCCUCGAUUUGUCAAGCUCAGCGUGAAAUCCAAGAGGCUGACAACAAGAUUCGUGAGGUGGAGACCACACUGCGGAACGUUGCUGUGAAGCGGGAGGCUGUUUCUAAUGUUCAACAAAACAUGAGAUGUGCUGUCCAUCAGCUGGGGAAGCUGUGUGGGGUGGGGAACGUGGCAGAGCUGCAGACCAAAUUCCUAAUCCUGUUGGAGCCUGUGGGGAAGGUAAUGGAGGAAAUGACCACAGCACUGGGUCAGAUCGGUGGGAAUGAGCUACUGCACACUGAGGGCAUAAACAGAUUGAUGUGGGACAUUAAAGAAAAACAGAACAAACUAAACCAACUUGUUGACACCAAUAAGAGUAUUGGUGAGGAUUAUUACUGAUUUGCAAUUCUCUCAGUCAUUGCUGCAUGUUAGUAAGUUGUCUAUUUUAGUUGUUAAGCUUCCUAAGCUCUCUCUUUUCUCAUAUGAGUCUCCCUUCAUUGAAAGUAGCAGGACAGAAUGAACAGAAAUAGUAGUUGUACUGAUGUGAUGAAAUGAGACUAGUAGUUAAAGCUUUUCUUGAUCAGGUAUUUAAAUGCCCGUAAAUUGUGUUAUGUGGUUUCUUUACAGGAUCUGGGCCUAAAGUGACAUGAACAGUCUAUUUUACACAUUUACUGCUUGACGUCUAAAGUCAUAUCUUCAUGUCAAAUAUUAUGUUGUGCAUUGGUACAAGCAGAUUUGGAAAUUAGCAAGUUAUUAAUAAUUAUCAAAGACAAAUAUAUGAAUAACAAAAAUAAAAAUAUUACCACAUUUUUUUCCGAUUGCUAAACGACAGUGGUCACAACUGAAACCACAUGUGCAAAAGUCUAACCACAGUCGGCUUCACCAACAGUCACCUGAGCUAAACAGGUCGCAUCACCUGUAAUACUCAUUCACGCAUCACAACUCUUCACACACGUCUCAAAACAGGCUCAGUUGAGACAACAGACACUGUCACAUAGAACACAAACACACACACACACACACACACACACAGUCACUCAGAACACACACAAACACACACACACACACACACUAUAUUCAUUAUAUUCACAUACAUUAUAUUUAAUAAAUUCUUAAAUCUUAUUAUAUAUUCACUGCUUAAAAAACAGAGAAUGCCUGACAAUAUUGAAAUUGAAGGGCUCAAGUCAUGACAUAAGGGAAAUACAGUUUCACAUGAUCUUUUCAAGGAAGUUUCGCCAUGGAAAUGUUUGACUGUCAGCAGAGGGAUUUGACUAUGAGUAUGUUUGCUUAAAUGUUUUACAUGUCAUGAUAAGUAUUUUUUAAUCAUUGAAUCAUCAUUGGAUAAAGAAAAAUAUAAAAAAGGGACAUUUUAAUAUCUUAAAAUGAAUUUGAUCCAAGUAAAUCUUGUAAUCAUAAUCUGAUGAAUCUCUAUGUAGAAGUUAAAGAGGUCUGAUUUAUGAGGAGGUACUGCACUCAAGGAGAGACCCUAACCCUAACCCCCCUUCACAGGCCUGAGACAAACCCUCAACUAGUGCAAUCCACCAUCAGGGAGAGCUCUGUGCUCAUCCUUGAGCAACCAGCCUCCGCCUGAAGGCUCCAAGUAGAGUUGUUGGAAUGGUUCAUGUCAGCACAAAGACGGGUAACAGGUUUAGAUCAAACUAAUUAAAUGCACAACCCCAUUUUCUUUGAACUCUCUCACUCUUCCUUCCUAGCGAUUCACUUUUGUUUCCUCUGGUCUGUUGUACUGCAAUGAUAACCAUCAACAACACGAAAAGAGUGCUUCUAGUACAAUACCAAAUUAAAGAGGCAUCAAACUAAAUUGAACAAAUUUAUGAAAUUACAGGAUAAAACAUGGUUGUACCAUUUCAAUGGUAUUUUUUUUGGCAUUUGCCUUUUCAUAUAUCCAAAUAUUCUUUGUAUAAUCAUGUUAUAAUUUCAAUGUCAUAAUUAUGUUAUAAUUUCCCAUUCUUAAUUUUUCAAUAGUUUAGACAUGUAAACCUGUACUGGUAAAAUGAAAAUCACAUAAACUUUUAGAAGAA